UAUAUAAAUGAAAAUUUGAUAGAUCUUUUCACUAGAUUCCAGAUGUCAACUUCUUGUCGUUAGUUAGGUUAUUACAUUGUGUGAGCUACACAUCAAUAUUAUCAAAACAGAGACUAUACCUAUAUUUUAAAAUGAACCAAUUAUUUAAGAGACUAUGUGCCGCUGGUUUAAACUCCAAUCAAGUUCAUGUCAAUAGCCUGCACACCGGUAUAACAGCUUUAGCAUGGUCUAAAUCAGACCUGCCUAAGAGAUUUUUGCUUCACAACAAGAAAGUAUACCCUCCACAAUCACCAGAAGAGGAACCCAGACCUGCUUUUGUAUGUCACCAGAAGACCAAUAUUAAGUACAGCCCUGAAAAACUUUGGUAUAUUGCCUGUUUGGUCAGAGGGAUGACUGUUGAUGAAGCUGUAAAACAGCUGAGCUUUGUAAAUAAAAAAGGAGCUAUAUUUGUUAAAGAAGCUAUAUUAGAAGCUCAAGAACUUGCUGUAAAAGAACACAAUGUUGAAUUCAGAAGCAAUUUGUGGGUUGCGGAAUCAUUUUCUGGCCAAGGAAUGGUGAUAAAGGGCAUUCGAAGGCAUGCUAGAGGGCGCAUGGGAGAAGUAAGAUAUCAGUUCAGUCAUUAUUUUGUAAGAUUGGAAGAGGGAAAGCCCCCUGCAGAUUAUUAUAAAGUGAACCCUCAGACACCUCAACAACAACUGAACAAUUGGCUGGAACAAAUGAGGAAGAGAAAGAUCAUAAAUUCAUAUUGAUUUGUAUAUAAUUUAUUAACAAGUUUUAGAAAUAUAAAAUAGCUUAGAAUCUGA